AUGGGGAAUAAGACACAUCAGAUUGAUUUCUACAUUAUAGCUAUUUCCAAAAAUGGUGGACCCUUGUUUUUGUUAUUUGUUACAUUUUUACUCCUCUAUCUCAUUUCUCUAAUUUGGAAUAUGAUAAUUUUUGUGGUCAUAUUUCUGGAUAGUCACCUUCAAAAACCAAUGUAUUUUUUCUUAUGUAAUUUGUCAACUGUAGAUGUAUUAUACAUUUCUGUUGCAGUUCCUAAACUGUUGGACAUAAUUAUAACAGGAAAUAAUAAGGUUUCAUUCAUAGCUUGUUAUACACAGAUGUAUUGCUUCACAUCCUUGGCUUGCACAGAAAUCUGUUUGUUGACAACAAUGUCUUAUGAUAGAUACAUCGCCAUCUGUAGACCAUUGCAUUAUACUCUGAUUAUGCACAAAAGAAUGUGUAAUCUGCUGGUGGCAGGUUGUUGGACCUCUGGAUUUUCAAAUUCUCUCUUUGUUACAAUAUUUGCAUCCCGUUUAUCCUUUUGUGGAGCUACAAACCUCAAUCAGUUUUUUUGCGACAUUAAAACUCUCACAAAGAUUUCUUGUGGUGAUAAAAAGGAAUUUCAAACUAUGAUAUUUACCGAGGCCUUGUUGAUGGGAUUUUGUCCUUUUGUGCUUAUUUUGAUGUCCUACACUAAAAUAAUUUCAAAUGUUUUAAAAAUGAAGUCUGUGGGCCAAAGAAAGAAAGCUUUCUCCACGUGUACCUCACACCUUACUGUCCUGUUGCUCUUCUAUGGAACAUUACUCUGCAUGUAUAUGAUACCACCUUCAGAGAACUCGGAGCAGCUGGACCAGGUCUUUUCAGUGUUUUAUUUGGCAGUGACUCCAACACUAAAUCCUUUGAUUUAUAGUUUGAGAAAUAAAGAUAUAAAUAGUGCUAUAAUUCAUACAUUGUCAAGGUCAAUGUCAUGCAUGCAAUAA